GUGUUAAGUCAUCGGAUUGAAGGGACACGACGUAUGACCUCCCACCCAGUCCUUCCACUGUACUUACUGGGCUGUCAGGAUGGGUCAGUGGUUGUACGAGAGUGGCGUCAUAGCUCCAUCGUGGCCCGGCCUCGUCCUGGUGGCACUUUCGCCAAGGUUGCACGUGUCCGCUUCAACCAGCAAGGAAACAAAUUUGGCGUUAUUGAUGGCGAUGGAAACUUGUCCCUCUAUCAACUAGGUUUAGCAUCACAAGUCAACAAACAGUUCUAUACUCACCAGUGCCAUAAUAAGCAUGGCAGUGACUUUGUCUUCAUUGGGUCAUCCAGCCUCAUUGCAACAGCUGGACAGUCCUCAGAGCAUCGUAAUGUUGCACUCUGGGAUACUUUGAUGCCACAACGAAAAGCAAAUGUUGUCUCUUGGACUUGUCAUGAUAAUGGGGCUUCAGCUUUGCUCUACGCUCCACAACAUCAAGUUAUCCUGUCUGCUGGCAAGAAAGGAACAGUGUGCAUCUUUGAUGUCAGACAGCGAACUCUACGACAGAAAUUCCAGGCCCAUGAUGCUGCAAUCAAGUGUAUGGCAUUAGACCAAAGUGAAGAAUUCUUCUGCACAGGAUCAGCUGAUGGUGAUAUUAAGGUAUGGGGACUUUCCAUUCAUAACCUCAUAUACAACUUGCCCGGUGAGCAUUCACGAUCAUCUUUAUUCAAGAACUUGAGUCAAGGUGUGACACAGCUCCAACUGGACAACAAGAAUCGACUUUUCUCCUGCGGUGCAGAUGGCUCUAUCAAACUAAGACAACUCCCAGAAAGAGAUUUGAAUAUAAGUCUCCUGUAAAGUGCAUCAUUCUAUUUUUUUUGUUUGUUUGUUUUUAGCUUCCCAUUUUUCCUUUUGUAAUCACAAAAAAUAUGCUUUAGUGUGCAUUUAAAGGUGCAUAUGCUUAGCCAAGUUGAUUUCUCCAGAAGAAAAAUGUAACACAAUUUUGUUUCUAUGCAAUCUAUUAAAUAUUUAGGUAUUAGAUCUUUAUAGGAAAAAUAUAACAUUUUUUAAUAGUUUCACAGCUUCAUCAAUAUGUUGUUGUACAUCUAAGGUAGUUUUAGUUGGUGCUAGCAGUGACUCAAAUGAAUUUAAUAUUUUAUGCUGAAGAAUAGAAGAGGUAUGUGCAGCCUCAUUUGUAGGAAGUAUAUAUGUAUAUAUGAAUGACAGUAACAUAUUAAGGCUGUGCGAACAUUACGGUUGAUAUGAGAGAAGUAAGUUUCAGGACUUUUUAAGUAGAGUAUGCCAAUUAUUUUUGUUUUCCUGUGGAAGUAUGGAAAUAACUGGUUUAUGUUCUUCAACUUUCCUGUUUUCCCUCUGGUAUUUAUUAUUAUUUUUAUAAGGUAUGCUGAAAGCAUACACUUGAACCAAGUAUUAUGAGAUAGCUAUAGAUUAUAUUAUAAAAGAGACCACAGUUUUUGUAUAUAUGCUGAGUUGCAUCUCAGGUUAAUAUAUAAAAACAAAGAAAGAAGAAAUAAUCAAUUAAAAUGAAGGAUGUGAUUGAUGUAUUGUUAAUGCAAAUAAUGUGGAAUGUGUGUUUAUGUAUAUGUCUGUGUGUGUUUCUGUAUGUGGUUGUGUGAAAAGGGACUGUAAUAAUGUAGGUGUAUUAUGGGGCCAGUGUUGACACCAUAAUGUGAAUGCAAAUGUACCAUGGCUACUAGCUUAUCUGAUUGCAUGUUAGUCAGGAAUAAUGGUGCAUUUCAGGACACUUAGUAGGAAUGACUAGAUGAGUGUGCAUUUGCCUAAAUAUAUAUACGCAGAAUGGUACAAGCUGAAUGGCUGAAGUACUUUAAUGGUUUUCAUGUAAGAAACUUAUGUUUUAAAGAAUAAUGCGGAACACAAAGCACUGAAUCAAGUGAACACAUUUUUGCUAUCCUCCUUGAAGUCUAUCUGCAAUACCCUUUUUUUUUCUGAGAAGUAAAGUUGUAGUUUGAAGAAACAAAAUGUGGUAUCAGUCAGUUUAUUAAUUGAUUUUGAUUUCAGUUUACCUUGCAUUUUUCUUUAUUUCGAAUAGGCCAUCAUUGCUUCAUAUCUUGUGUUGGUUAUAGGAACAGUAAAAUAUAAUUUUUCUAAUUUGUGGGACAUGAUGAAUAGUCUUGUGUAAGAAAUGGUAUAUUAAUAAGGAUAUAAGAGGCAGUGAAAAAUGUCACUGCACUGAUACUGGCCACCCAUAUUGUGUAUAUUUAUGUACAUACACUGUCAUGUAUAUACACACUUGCACCCACUUUAACAUUUUCAACCAUACUACAGUUCUUGUGCCACUUAGAAUAUUAAUAAAAGUAUUGAGAUUAUGUUAACUCAGAUGUAAAAUGAAAUACAGUUAAGAAUGAGCUAUCUCAAAACCUAUCCUCUUUUGUUUAUAUGUAUAUGACUUUACUUAGGUUUUAGACUUAAAGAAAAUGUUCAGUUUUAAAGUUUUAUUAUAAUAUAUACUGUAUAUCAUAGUUUUUAAAAAAUUAUUUAAUUUGUUAAUCACAAACAUAAAUAUAUAUAAGUAGAUGUUUGUUUAUUCUAACUCAUCUGCUUCAAGUUUUUAAAAAUCACAUAAUUAUUUUUAAGGAAAUUGAAGGAGAGAAAAGCACAUGCAGGGAGAGAGUUUUCUUCUGUGCUGGAAGAAUGAAAAUUAUAGUUGAAUAGAAAUGCUGAUGCUUUUUCCCUUCAUAGUGAAUAGCAGAAUUCAGAUCUGGUUCAAAGUGGAGCUUCAGCAUGUCAUUUCAGUCAAAGUUUGCCUUCCAGUAUAUAUCAUAGUUGAUGAAAGUCUGUCAUCGGCAAGGCAAAACCAUUUAUUUGGUUUUGGAUCACCUUAAUCCACUAUUUUACCGUGUUAUAUACCCUGAAAUAUCAAUAUAUAUGCUGAAAUGUCAAGAAUAAUGUUGUAUUGUAACAAAUGAUUAUAUGACUUUUAUUAAAGUCAUGUUGUAUGGUUGUAGUGGUAGCAGCAGAGUGUAACAGAUUCCUUAUGAUUUUCCUGUUCUCCAACAACAGCAAACCUAGGAAUCAGGUAAUUAUCUUUUGUUGUCAUAGAUUUAAUUCUUGUUUAAAAAUAACACUUUGCUUGGCUGUAUUUUCCUUAGAUUUGUUGAUUGUUUACAAUAAAUACAGCAUGUUUCCAAUAUAGUUAAAAAGAUUGAUCCACUGGAUAUCAUACAUUCCAGAUUUUAUAUUUUUGUCCCAAGUAUUAUAAAGAAAUAAGGUCAUAAUAAUGUAUUGUGAAGGUUAUAUGUAUACAUAGUUUUGUGGAAUGGAUAUAAAUGUUAGAACGAA